AUGUUGGCAAAAGCAGAUGGCAUCGAUUGCAAGCUUGAUCACAUAUUGUCCCCACCACCUCUGUCUUUUCAAAAAUUCAGCGGUCCUGAAGUCUCUUCUGGCCCUAGAAGGUCUUCCAAAUUUAAGAGGCAGCUCAGUGAAGACGGGAGACACUUCAGAAGAGGAAGCCUUGGAGGAGCUCUGACUGGCAAGUAUCUGCUUCCCAAUGCAACUGGACAACAGCUGUGGCAACCUGCAGAAACCUCUAACCUUGUUCGCAUGCGCUACCAAGCACUUGGGAAGUCAGCACCUUCACUUACUGUUAGUUUG